CGCGGCGCGCUCCGAGCCUCCCCCGGAAGCGCCGCCCCGCUCCCGGCGUUCCGCCGCGCUCCGGGCGCCGCUCCCGGCCCGUCCCGGCCCGGCCGCCCGUCCCGCCGCCGGCAGCAUGCUGGAGCCGCCGCCCGCGGAGCCGCCGCCCGCGGGCAGGGACGUGCGGGACCGCCUCACGCUCUGGGACCGCCGCCCGCAGCCCACCGCGCCGCUCAGCGACCGCCAGACCGACUCGGUGCUGGAGCUGAAGGCGGCGGCCGAGAACCUGCCGGUGCCUGCCGAGCUGCCCAUUGAGGACUUGUGCAGCCUAACGUCCCAGUCGCUGCCCGCUCUGCUGACAGCUGCGGUGCCAGAAUCCACUGAGGAUGUCCUUUUGAAGGGAUUUGCAUCACUAGGGAUGGAGGAUGAAAGAAUUGAAACAGCACAGCAGUUCUUCUCCUGGUUUGCUCAGGUGCAAACACAGAUGGAUCAAGAUGAAGGUGCCAAGUAUAGACAGAUGAGGGAUUACUUGUCUGGCUUUCAGGAGCAGUGUGAUGCUAUCUUGAAUGAUGUGAAUAGUGCCCUUCAGCACCUGGAGUCACUGCAAAAACAGUAUCUUUUUGUGUCUACAAAGACAGGAACGCUGCAUGAGGCCUGUGAACAGCUUUUGAAAGAGCAGUCAGAACUUGUUGACCUGGCUGAAAACAUCCAGCAGAAACUUUCUUACUUUAAUGAGCUGGAAAAUAUCAACACUAAAUUGAAUUCCCCUACGCUGUCCGUGAACAGUGAAGGAUUCAUUCCCAUGCUGGCUAAGCUUGAUGAUUGUAUUGCAUAUAUUUCAUCACAUCCAAAUUUUAAAGAUUAUCCUGUAUAUUUGACGAAGUUUAAGCAAUGCCUUUCUAAAGCUAUGCACCUUAUCAAGACAUACACUGUGAAUACACUACAGAACCUCACAACCCAGUUAAUGAAAAGGGAUCCUUCAGCUGUGCCAAAUUCUGACAAUGCCUUCACGCUGUUUUAUGUGAAAUUCAGAGCAGCUGCUCCCAAAGUCAGAACUCUUAUUGAACAAGUAGAGCAAAGAUCUGAAAAAAUGCCAGAGUAUCAGCAAGUUCUCAAUGAAAUCCAUCAAUGUUACCUCGACCAGCGGGAACUUUUGCUUGGUCCAAGUAUCGCUAGCACUGUUACAGAAUUAACCAGUCAGAAUAACAGAGAUCACUGUGCUCUGGUACGAAGUGGUUGUGCCUUUAUGGUCCAUGUAUGCCAGGAUGAACACCAGCUUUACAAUGAGUUCUUCACAAAACCAACACCAAAACUGGAUGAGCUCUUGGAGAAGUUGUGUCUUUCAUUGUAUGAUGUCCUGAGGCCAAUGAUCAUCCAUGUCAUUCACUUAGAGACACUUUCUGAGCUCUGUGGGAUUCUCAAAAAUGAGAUGCUUGAGGAUCAUGUACAAAACAAUGCUGAACAACUGGGUGCAUUUGCAGCUGGUGUCAAGCAGAUGUUGGAAGAUGUGCAAGAGCGCCUUGUCUAUAGGACGCACAUUUACAUUCAGACUGACAUUACCGGCUACAAGCCUGCGCCAGGCGAUCUCGCCUAUCCCGACAAGCUGGAAAUGAUGGAGCAAAUUGCGCAGAGUUUGAAAGAGGAACAGAAGAAGCUGCCAUCUGAAGCUUCAUUUUCAGAUGUCCGGCUAGAAGAUCCUGAGUCCUGCAGCUUAGUUAAAUCUGGUUCAGCUGAAUCCCUUAAUCCCAGGCAUCAGAGCACGAUUUCACCUGCAGAUCUGCAUGGAAUGUGGUAUCCUACUGUCAGAAGGACUCUAGUGUGUCUCUCCAAACUGUACAGAUGUAUAGAUAGGGCAGUGUUUCAGGGAUUAUCGCAAGAGGCCUUGUCUGCCUGCAUCCAGUCGCUGCUGGGAGCUGCUGAUUCCAUAAGCAAAAACAAGACCCAGGUCGAUGGACAACUUUUCUUAAUAAAACACCUUCUGAUUCUUCGUGAACAAAUUGCUCCUUUCCAUACUGAUUUCACCAUUAAGGAAAUUUCCCUGGACCUUAAGAAAACUAGAGAUGCAGCAUUUAAAAUUCUGAAUCCUAAGGCAGUUUCAAGAUUUUUUAGACUGAACAGCAACAACGCCUUGAUACAGUUCUUACUGGAGGGUACUCCAGAAAUCAGAGAACAUUAUAUCGACUCCAAGAAAGACGUAGAUCGUCAUCUGAAAUCAGCCUGUGAGCAGUUUAUUCAGCAGCAAACCAAACAGUUUAUAGACCAGCUGGAGGAAUUCAUGACAAAGGUGGCUGCUUUAAAAACAAUGGCCACUCAAGGAGGUCCCAAUUACAGCCUUUCACAGCAACCUUGGGCACAACCAGCAAAGAUCAACGAUCUGGUCUCUUCCACUUACAAGACAAUAAAAACAAAGUUGCCAUCAACUUUACGAAGCAUGUCCUUAUACUUGUCCAAUAAAGAUACAGAAUUAAUUCUGUUUAAGCCAGUCAGAAAUAACAUUCAGCAAAUGUUCCAGAAACUCCAUGCUCUGUUAAAGGAAGAAUUUAGUAAUGAAGACCUCCAGAUCAUAGCUUGUCCUUCAAUGGAACAGGUGAACUUACUGUUGUCGAUGUCCAAGUAGCCCAACAAUGAGGCUGCUUGGAAUAAGCUUCAGCCAAAUGCCAGGGAGUGAAGGGAAUGCAGACACAUUUGCUUGAAGUAAACAAAGAAUCCGUGUGCAGUCCAGUCUGCAUCAAAACUAUACAGGCUGCUGUUUAAAGGAAAAAAACCAAAAUGAACAGGUUUGUUGAUUUGGUAAAGGUCUUCCUGUUCAUUGGCUUGAGCAGUGGGCAGAAGAAAAUGAAACAAAAACCCGUUUGCUGAUGACUCUUAUGGAAGCUCAAUUACUGCCUUUUUCAGAUAUUUUCAAAAUUGAAAACCUUUUUUGUUUGUUUUUUUAAUGUCAAAACCGUUCUUGCUUUCCCUUAAUGAGUUGAUAUAUGCAAUGGAAAGUCGCACUUUCAAAGAGAUGCUGGAAAUACAGUGCAGGGAGUCAACUGAGCGCAGCAGUAGAUACUUGUGAGACUUGGGAGAUGACCAUAUCGGUAUGACAAUUUGACUUAAGCAGGCAUGCUCAGUUUUUCUGAGUUUUUCUUUAACUUCUCUGAAAAUCCUGGUAAUCCGCCACAUGCUUGAAAGUAACUCAGAGGUUCUUGCUUGGGAAAACUUUAUUUCCCACAUGUGAAGUGUUUCUUGAAAUGCUGGAUGGGCUGUCUUUCUUAUACUCUUGUGGUUGGGAGCUGUGAGGCCUGACUUGAAGUGUCAUAGUCUAGCCUUUCUCCAUGUGAAGAGUCUCAGAUCCUUGGAUUUGCAAUGGAAAGCAGUGCAACAUAAUUUCUGUUGUUUCUGAGCGAACUGCAUGUUUUCAGAUACUUUGCAGCAGUGCUUAGCAUUGAGGUUUUCAGCUAUCUAAUUUUAGGGCAGAGAUGGUUUUUUUGCCUUUCUCAAGAUCAGAUGGUGUUGUCACAUUGUUUAAAGUGGGAGCUGGGUCUGGAGCUUGCACAGCCCUUGUGCCGUGGAGAAAGUGCUAAUCAGGGGGUGUGGGGAUGUCUGAAACUGAUGUGCAAGGCUGUCAAAUCUGCAUUGUAAAGAGAGGAUAAGUACAGGGAUAGGAUAAGAGAGGAUAAGUACUUGGUAACUGGUAAACAGUGCACGCUGUUGAGUGAGCAUUAAUUGGACAUUAGUGUGGAAAGCUGGAUGCUAAAUGCCUGGCCCUUAAUGGAAUGAACACUUCAGUGUCUCUCAGUGUGUAAAUCUUCAUUGUGCAGCACUGUAAAAUGAAAAUGUAGUAGGUUAUGUGACAGAUUUUUAACUUAUUUCUAAAGCCUAUUCUGUACUUUUGAAUAUGAAGACAUUUCUUGCACAUUGGUGAUAUUUUGAUUUAAUAAUUUUCCUGAUAUAAAUAACAAGACUAGAGUAUAAGAUGGUAGGAUUGAAAGCUACCACAAGAAGUGUUACAGCAGUGGUGCUGAAAUACAUAAAUGGUACUAAUAGGACCUUACAUGACUCCUUAAAAAUUAAGUAAAGGAACUAACAAAGAGAAGAACUUGCCCUCUCCCUUUACUUAUGUAGAAAUACAGUCUGUAAAAUAAUGUCCAGUGCAUUGUAAUAUAUGUAUAUUUGUUUUUUAUAAGAUUUUUCAGAAGGACUGCAUGGUUACUGUACAGAGUUAUGACUAACUUAAUGCAGACAUUGUACAGAAGAGUUGUGAAGGGUAAACCAUGGCAGUAGUCACUCUUGUGCUUGGGAUCUUUUCUCUCUUAGAGUACCCAGACAGCUCUAGGACAGCUGGUGGAAGGAUUAGAAGAGCAAUCAGUUUAUACAGCCUGUUUGCUAAAUGAACAUUUGUUUAAACAUGUACAGUUUCAGAUAUUUACGUUUACAAAUAGUGUAAAUAGUUUCAAAAGAUUAAUUUAAGAUGCUUUAUAUUAUCUGACUAGAAACUUGCUGUUUUUAAUUUUUUUAAAUAAAAAUGUUGCCUCCUAUUUUGGUCCAAGAGUAAAGCUUUAUUCUGUAUCCUGAGGCUUGUCUGUCAAGAUAACUGCAAUACAGAGACAAUAAACAUCCUAAUAAGCACAGGUUGUGCAUUGCUGAGAAGUGUUCUUUUUUUAGCAGUAAGAGAAUUGAGUUUAUUUGACACAGAUAUACCUGAGUGCUGAAUGUACAGCUAAUUGUUAAAUAUAUGCCUCUUUAUGGUUAUAAUAAAAGUAAAUUUGUAUUUUCUUUACUGACAAGCAGUCUUGUGUGACUAAAUAGUCUCUUUCCUUGCAGUUUUGUUAGGAGGAAGAAACCACAACUGUGAACCACAACUGUAAUACAAGAACAUAUUUUAGCUAAGUUGGCUUUUACUAAGAGAGCUUGGGAGCUGGUGGCAGAGAACACAAGUGUUACUGUGUUGGAUGCCUGUUCUUGCCUGGUUGCUCGCAGACUCAUCUAUCCGGAGUUUCUCAUUACCCUGUAGUGCUCUUCUGGCCCUUGGUGGUGUAAAACACAUCAUACAGGAGCUUGUGGUUUGUCCUCUGUAAUGUCAGCAUGAAGCUUCCCUUCACCCUCUGGCUUUCACAAUGUCAUUUGAAUGAACUAUCAAAGUAAAAGUUCUCCUUCCCUGUGGAAUUUGGCUUCUAUCUGAGAGGUAUGGGGCAGUGAUGUGUGACUAGAGCUUCCUGGUCACUUGGAGGCUUCUCUAGGGGUCUGGCCCUUUGGAUUGCGUCCAAAUGAGAUGAAUGCCUGGGCAGCUUUUGGACAACAGUGAUGCCUGCAGCAAAAUCUUACACUGUGCCAUGUUUUCCAAGCAAAACCUAGUAGCUCUUUUCUCAAACUUUCUCAAACUGCAUAUUUGGUGUUGACAAAGUGAUGUGAGUGUGAAAAGGGGGAAAAGUCUGUGCUGCUGAAGCAAACCCUGGUGACUGCAGGUGGAUGCACCUCUGUCCACAAAUGCUGUUUUCUCCUACUCUUGUGCAUUUUCAUCUCCAUUGAGCUCAAAACCAAGCCAAUAUGUGGAGCAAGUCAGGUCUUUGAUAUAAAGACCUCUAAAUAGUGCAAAAGGAAAAAAGAAUCACUUGGUUCCUUUCAGUGGUGGCCAACUGUGUCACUAAGCCAUAGGUAUUGCCAUCAGCUGGAGCCUGGAAACCCAAGAGACACCUCGUGUUCCCUCUCUUGGAUUGCCCCUGAUCCCUGUGCCCAGGCUGCUCUUUGCCAUCCCCUCUGCACCAGCCCAGGUGUCUCUGGCUGAGAGCCAAAGCAGGCUGGUUGGGCACACUUGGCACAACCAGUUCCCAAAUUUCCAGUUCCUCAGCUGAAGCAUGGAAGGCAUGUGCUCCAAGGCACUGUGCAUUUGGUGUGUAGCCCUGCUGAUCAGACUGGGAUCCAUCAUGUGCUGUCAGCUGAGGCAAACCUGCUUACAAGGACUUGGUGUACAGAUGGGCAUUAUGAGCUUGAAGAAAGGAGCUUUGUUUUCAUUGCAAAGUGACUGUUGCCACCCUGAUGAGGGAAAAGUUGGUCUGAAAUGCUGAUGUGCCUGCUUGCUGUGAGCACUAAUUUUCUUGUGUUUCAGUAUUUCAUGCAGGUAGGAGAUGACAAAAUGCAAGGAGUGAUAUCACCGAGAAAGAGAUUGCCAAAAGUACUGCAACACUGAUUAUUGCAGAGCAGGCUCAUGAGCUGAAUGUUUUUAGCUGAGGGAGGAGCUCCUCUUUGCUUUCUGGCCACCUAAGUGGGUGACUUUUCUCUGGAUCUUUCAGCUGCAAAGAGAGCCCGUGCAGAGUGAAGGAUGAUAAUGCUAAACUCUCUGAGGAGGGGCCAAGUGGGACAGCAUCCUUCAUCUCUUGUUACCCGACCUUUCACUGUGCAACCUGCCAUGGGUGCCCUUUCCCUUCAUGUUCGUGGAGCGCACUAACCCUACAGCUUCUCCUGGGAGCUGAUCCUCUUCCAGCACGAGGGGACUGAGGAGCAAAGAACUAAACUCAUGACUUGAGCCAGCUCAGGUGGGAGUGGGCUGCCCAGAGGUAGUAGGACAAGGAAGAUGACUUCUUUAUCUAACACAGCCGAUGGUCCUGAGAAGAAGUCUGAAUUUUGGGAGUCAAAGAGCAGUAGCCAGAGCUUUAUGGUUCUGCACGCUUGGGGCCUUGGCUCACAGCCUGAGCAGCCACCGCAGAGGUUGCUUCCAUUAGUGAUGCGCCUGUGACCACUUACAGGACAUUGCUGUGAGGGCUGGCUGUGUUUGGUCUGUGCUUGCACCAGAGAAGACAACUUGAAUCCUUCCCCCCGAGGCUUCAGCCCCCAACUGGACAUGGGCAAGACGUGAUUUCAGUGCUGACCAGUUGUGUUUGCCUCUAGUGAGGGACAGGGUUACACACCCGUAGGCUGGGACAGUCACACUGGCACCAUGCAAGGCUCAACUGUGUCCAAAACAGCAUUUCCACCUCUAAGGGUCAGAGGUGGGAAACCUGAGUGAGUGACAAGUACAAAAGGAUUUUGGUGUUCUUCUCCCCACAUGUUUGUUUCAUGUUAAGUGGAAUGCUGUUUAGAUAAAAUCAGAAGCUUUGUGCUUAUAUUGACAUUUAAUAUUAAUACUCUGAAAAGAAACAGUGUUUCAAAAGGGAUUUGUGAGUCUUGUUCUUACCCUUCAAUGACAGCAUCUCAACUCCUCUUAAUGCUUUCCCAGGAGGGAAUUUCAUUAAGAGUCACACAGGCAGGAAAUUUGGUUUUGAAUGAAACAAUUUAUUUUCUGCAUGAGAAUUUGUGACCAGUCCCAUGCAGCAGUGCCAGAUUUAUCUCCACUGGGUGGUUUCCUUGCUGCUCUCCAAGGAGCUGGUAGGCAGGAGCUGGCCAGGCAAGGAUAUCACAGCAAGUGCUCACCAGGAGCUGGGACCCCACAUUGAAACAGACAGGAUUGUUGUGCCUGAGGGACAGUAAGUCAACUUGACCUUAAGUCUGGGACUUAAUGGUGAUGUGGCCUUUCUGGUCCAUGGUGAUGGACUGGAAAGGAGGCCUGAGAGUGCUGGCUGAAGUCAGGUCAGAUCAGCACUUCUGGUGGCCCCUUCCCGCCCCAAGUAGGUCCCAGUAUGAGGGUCCAGGGUGGCCCUGGGCAGAAAUACACAGCUGGGUGAACUUAGACCCAACAACUUCCUGGUCUCAGGUACCACAUUUUGUCUGCAAUUGGACCAAACUUCAAUUUUUUUCUGUUUAGGAGUUGCUUCAUAGGACCUGAUGCAUAAAGUCAGGGGCUGUUUUUUGGUAAGUUUUUGUCCUUUGGUAAAUGCACACUACAGAAAUUGGAUGGCCCUUUGGAGAACCAGGAGUCCCUGAAGGGCAGAAAAACCCCUUGAGAGGAGUGUGGGCUGUGUGUAAGUCCCUGUCACGUGAAAAAGGGAGAUUGACUCAAACCCUUUGAUUGCUCUGCCAACACCCCAGAAAAGCUGGGACCCGUGUGAUGGGGACAUGUGCCAGUCCAAGGAGAGCAAUUUCACCACGGUUGCUGAUUCAACAGCAGGACAUCUUCCUUUAUCUCCCUUGGUUUUCAGCUGCUGUUUUCAGGGGCUUAUCAGCUGGAAAGUACCACUGAGUUCCCUCCUCUGCAAGGGUUUCAAUGGAGCCUGGCUGUGGUGUCUCCACUCCACCCUCCCUUUAGCCCCCCUUCGACUGUGCUGUGUUGUGUGUGGAAGGUGGGGUAUGCUGAGCGUGCUCCAUCCAGGGAGCAGCAGCUGGAUUUUCUGCAGCAACUUCCACACUGUUAUCUUUUUUACCCUGGUCAUCUUUCCACAGUCCCUCUCUUCCCGUUGCAUGUCUACAGCUGCAAGUCCCUGAAAAGAGCUCUUCCAUGCAUGCGUGUAUGGUUGUGUGUGGGGCUGGGUAUGGGAAAUGGCCCUGCCAAACUACAGAGGAGAGGGAAAGGCAGCAUGCGAGGGAAAACAGCCCAUAUUUACACAUACAAAUGCAAAUUGAUGCUCUCCAUCUUGUGACAGCCUGGGUAGACAGCUGUGGGUGCUGGCCCAUCCCCCA